AAUCAGCUGAUUCAGGUGUUUGACAAUUUUCCCGCCAAAGCAUGAUGCUGCGCAGGCCGAGUAUUGCGGUUAGAAUAUGUUAAUUGAUAAUAGAUGAGAGCUGUCUUCGUAAAGAACAAUUGGGGCGUUGUUUAUGUGUUUUUCGAGUAUUUUUAAUGGACAAUAAUUGUUAAUAUGGCUGAGAGAGGAGCUCAUUUAACUGGGACAGCCCUUGUGAAACCCACAAUUUUCGAAAUCGUCGCACAAGAAUCUCUAGCCUCAACUUUGGAACCUGCAUUCAAACGAGUUUUCUCUUUUUUAGUAACGUGCAACCCUGAAAGGUAUGGGUGGCUGACGCAAUGGUCUGAUGAGGCGUAUGGAGUUUUUCAUGGACUGCUCCAAAGGUUCUAUUUGAAGAAUUAUGGUGCAUCAUUUUCGGAAACAUUUUAUGGACUCCAGAGGAUAGCAAUAGUCAACUCUAAACCUGGAGGGAAAUUAUCCAAAGGACAGGAAACAUUAUCACUAAUCUUCCUCCUUCUUCAUCCGUAUCUGAAAGCAAAGGCGAAUCAGUUUGAAUUGGCGGAAAUCGAUGGCAAAAUUCCAAAUGAGAAGUGGAAAAGAAUAUUGAAGACGUACUUCGUGAGGGCUCACAGAAUCUACAAUUUCAUUCGAGAAAUUUCUAGUCUUUAUUACUAUCUCUCCUACAUCUCGGACAGGUCGAAAUAUCCAACUCCUCUGCUGCACCUGUUAUCAAUGACUCUGACGUACUCUCAUCCCCACGAGUUGAUCUCCAUUUCCGAGUUACUCAGUAAAUUGAGACAAGGAGGUUUCAGCACGAGCGACGGUGUAUACCUACUGCAACGAGGAUUCACGAGAACCCUGGAGUUGGGUGCAUUUUUCCUGCAGUUCGUCAACUGGUGGAACCAGGAGAAUUUUUACACCAACCUCAUGUCACUCCCCGUGCCACCACCACCACCAGUACCCGAUAUCGCCAGGAGGUACAAAAGCUUGUGCCCAGUGUGUAUAAAAUCUCCGAACAUUCCAACUGCACUCUCUGUUUCAGGGUACGUUUUCUGUUAUCAAUGCAUUCUGUUAACGAUUCAAACAAACGGGAAAUGCCCAGUGACUCACUAUCCUGCAAAGGAAGACGAUUUGAUCCGUCUCUACAACUGAUACUUCAAUCAGUCUUUUGACAGGGAAAAAUUAUUUAUUUUGUUGAUAAAAAAUUUCAGCGGCUGUGGGACAAUUAGUAAACAAACUAAUGGAUGUAUGUAUACUCUUAAAAUAAUACAUUUUAUUUUGAAUAAAUAUUUUAAUACAGA